AUGGCAGAUGAGAUUGACAACGUUAGAUACGAGGAAGAGUUCAUCCGGAAUUCAAACGGAUCCAAGCUAUUCACUUGUAGAUGGCUGCCGACAAAUUACGAACCAAAAGCUCUGAUUUUCUUAUGCCAUUCUUACGCCACGGGUUGCAGUAUUUCCAUGAAAGGAACAGCAAUUACGCUUGCGAAAUCAGGCUUUGCUGCAUACGGAAUGGAUUACAUCGGCCACGGGAAGUCGUCGGGGCUUCAGGGAUACAUACCCAGCUUCGACGAUCUAGUCAAUGAUUGCUUCGAUCAUUUCACCGGCGUUGCCGAGAAGGAAGGGAACAGGAACAAGAUGAGGAUUCUGAUGGGUGAAUCGAUGGGAGGAGCGAUCGUGUUGCUGUUGCAUUUGAGGAAACCGGAGUAUUGGGACGGCGCCGUGUUGUUGGCUCCGAUGUGCAAGAUUGCUGAUGAAAUGUUACCGCCUCCGUGGCUGAUUAAUGCUUGUAGGAAGCUCUCUGACAUUAUUCCGACAUGGAAAGUUGUCCCGAGUGGGAAUGCGGUUGAUCUUUCCGUCAGGGAUCCGCGGAUUAGGGAAGACGUGAGGGCGAAUCCUUUGAUCUACAAAGAUCGCCCUCGCCUGAAAACCGCUUACAAUCUACUGGAUGUUACCAUGGACCUGGAAAAAAGACUUGGAGAGGUGUCGAUACCAUUCAUUGUUCUUCAUGGCGAAGAUGAUAAAGUUACCAGUCCAUCUGCGAGCAAGUUGUUGUAUGAAAAGGCAUCCAGCUCGCAGAAAUCGAUCAAGUUGUAUCCCGGUAUGUGGCAUGCUCUUGCCGGCGGGGAGUUGCCCGAGAAUAUCGAAACUGUUCGUGCAGAUAUCGUCAACUGGUUGAAUGAGAGGAUAUCUAUAGGGCAGAAGACAUUGGACGGUGUAAAUAAAUCAAAAGCAGAAGAAAGUGGUGGUUAUAAACUAGAGAGCAGAGACGGUAGCAUGAGAACAGUUGGAAGCUCACUUUGCACAUUCAUGCAAUAUGAACAGGUUAAACAUUGA